AAACAAACAAGCACCUUCAUUUUUGACAAUUGUACGAAAUCAAUAUGGCGUCAGUCAACGUCAAGUGAAGAGUGAGGUGUUGUAGUUGGUGGCGUUUUUAAAUAAAUUUUCCAAAACUAUGUCGGGUUUUACAGAAAAUGCGUUAAUUCGAAAACUCCAAGAACUAAACUCCAGCCAGCAAAGUAUUCAAACUCUGUCCUUGUGGUUGAUACAUCAUAGAAAACACCAUGCUGUUAUUGUGAAAACCUGGUUCAAAGAAAUAUUAAAAGCUAAAGACAGCAAGCAACUUACAUUCAUGUAUCUUGCUAAUGAUGUGAUUCAGAAUAGCAAAAAGAAAGGUCCAGAAUAUGGCAAGGCAUUCGGGGAAGUGCUGGUGGAAUCAUUCAAACACAUGGCUAAGACUGGUAUAAAUACGAAGACUAAACACUCCUUGCACAGAAUACUCAGCAUUUGGGAGGAAAGAGGAGUCUAUGACUCACAGAAGAUACAAGAGUUUAAAGAGGCUGUUGAUCCUAACGAUGCAUUACCUAAGAAAGUAAGCAAACGCAAGUCAGUUGAUGUGGAAGUUAUAAAGACACCAGAGAAGAAGGCUAAAGUUGAGGGUCGCUCCAAGCAGGAGCGUCGUCGCAGUGAGACUAAGGAGGUGGAUGGACAUCUGGAGACACACACUACACUGAGCCCCAAGACUCCACCCGGAGACCCUCCAGAGCCUGAGGAGCUCAUCAAGGCAAUUUUGGAGUUGGAGGCCAGUGCUUCUAGUGACGAAGCCGUCAGGGAGAGGAUCGCGUCACUCCCCCCGGAAGUGUCGGAAGUGCAAUUAUUGUCUAAGUUAGAAGGUAAAAUGACCCCCUACCAUCGCAUCAACUUUGUUAUUACACUUGUAAGCCGCCUUACAGCUCUUCAAAGAUGGUUGAAAACAUACAAAAGAAAUGAUGAACUCUUAAAGAUAUUAAAUAAAUGUGAUUGCAAACAUAAAUGACAAUAUUUUCCUUUUUUCUUUCCAUUAUUAAAACUAACAUAGAUGACAUAAUGUUUGCAUAUUUUUCUUAUUAUUCAGACACAUUUUGUAUAUAAUUAAAUAUUUUCGCCAGAAUUGUUCUUUAAGACUGAUCAAUUUGUAAGCAUUGACUGUGAUCGCAAGUUUAAAAGAAUUAGUGCAAAUAUAUGAUGUUUAAUUUAUGUAUUAUAAUUGACUAGAAUUUGAAAUAAGUGGUCUAACAUUGUGAUUAUGUGAAACUAGUGUGAUUGUAACGAAAUAUUACAUUUUUAUGUGAAUAAAGAGACUGAUGAUA